UCCAUACUCUCAGUCUCUCACUGCUACUCUAUCGGUCAAACGAUCUACUAGUUGUGAAUUUCGCCAUCUCCAAACCACCCACCACUUUUACUUCUUUUUCUUAUUCAAUUUUCUUCCCUCCAAUUCACUCCUCACAUAUACACACAGGUUAUUGCUCUUAGAGUUUGCUUAAAAUGAGGCAGAGGCGUGAAACUGCUUCAGCAGUAUCUAAAGGGUCAAGCAGUGGUGAAGCAACUGAGAAGUCUACUAAUGAUGCUGAAAUCCUCACCGAUUUUCAUGUUGGAAACCCAAGGAGGUCUUCUUUUGUGUGGCUGGCUUUGUUCCUGAUUAUCACUUAUUGCUGUUCAGCCAUUUAUGAUUACCAGUUUCAGAGCAUGCCUCUGCCUCUUACUGCAGAAGAGGCUGGCAAGAGGGGUUUCUCGGAGAUUGAAGCUUUCAAGCAUGUCAAGGCCUUGACUGAGGUGGGCCCUCAUCCUGUCGGUUCUGAAGCUCUGCAUCUUGCCCUGCAGUAUGUUUUGACAGCAUGUGAAAAUAUUAAGAAAACAGCUCACUGGGAGGUGGAUGUUGAAGUGGAUCUUUUUCAUGCAAAGUCUGGUGCAAAUCGUCUGGUCAGUGGCUUAUUUACAGGGAAAACACUUGUUUAUUCGGAUCUGAAUCAUGUCGUAGUAAGAAUCUUGCCAAAAUAUAUAUCUGAAGCAAGAGAGCAUACUAUUCUGGUCUCUUCUCAUAUUGAUACUGUUUUUUCAACAGAAGGGGCUGGAGAUUGCAGUUCAUGUGUGGGUGUUAUGCUGGAACUUGCUCGUGGAAUUUCUCAGUGGGCUCAUGGAUUGAAGAAAGCUGUUAUAUUCUUAUUUAAUACUGGCGAGGAGGAGGGUCUUAAUGGUGCUCAUAGCUUCAUAACCCAGCAUCCUUGGAGUAAAACUGUUGGUAUGGCUAUUGAUCUGGAGGCUAUGGGCGUUGGAGGGAAGUCUAGUAUUUUUCAGGCUGGUCCUCAUCCAUGGGCUAUUGAGAACUUUGCUUUAGUAGCAAAAUAUCCAUCUGGUCAAAGUAUCGCACAGGAUCUUUUUUCUUCGGGGGCCAUAAAAUCUGCCACAGAUUUCCAAGUGUACAAAGAGGUUGCAGGCCUUUCUGGGCUUGAUUUUGCAUAUCUAGAUAAUACUGCUGUAUAUCAUACCAAGAAUGACAAAUUAGAGCUUCUGAAGAAAGGAUCUCUUCAACAUCUGGGGGAAAAUAUGCUUGCUUUCCUGCUUCAUAUUGGUGCAUCUUCACAUUUUCCCGAAGUCAAUUCAACAGAAGCAGGGGAAGAUAUGAGCAAUAACAAUGCUAUAUAUUUUGACAUUUUGGGAACUUAUAUGGUUGUAUACCGUCAAAAGUUUGCUAAUAUGCUCCACAAUUCAGUGAUAAUGCAGUCACUUCUAAUAUGGACUACAUCAUUGGUAAUGGGUGGUACACCGGCUGCAGCUUCGUUGGCCUUGUCGUGUUUGAGUGUUCUCCUUAUGUGGGUGUUUGCCUUAAGUUUCUCCUUCCUUGUUGCUUUUCUUCUACCUUUGAUAUCUUCAUCACCAGUUCCGUAUGUUUCAAGCCCGUGGUUAGUGGUUGGAUUAUUUGGUGCACCAGCUUUUCUUGGAGCAUUGACUGGUCAACAUUUGGGUUAUCUUCUACUUAAGAAAUAUCUUAUGAAUGUACAAUCAAAGAGAAGGCAAUUGCCCCCUAUUAUUCAAGCUGACGUUGUCAAUUUGGAGGCUGAAAGAUGGCUCUAUAAAGCUGGAUCCUUUCAGUGGCUUAUUCUUCUCACUUUGGGAAACUAUUUCAAAAUUGGGUCUUCUUACUUGGCUCUUGUUUGGUUAGUUUCUCCGGCAUUUGCAUAUGGCUUUUUUGAAGCUACGCUAUCCCCAGGCAGGUUACCAAAGCCGCUCAAACUGGCAACCCUUAUUCUAGGGUUAGCCACACCAAUUUUAAUUUCUGCUGGCACUUUUAUUCGGCUGGCUGCUACCAUCAUAGGGGGUAUGGUUCGACUUGAUAGGAAUCCUGGUAGUACUCCUGAAUGGCUGGGAAAUUUUGUGAUUGCUGCCUUUAUUGCUGUUCUCUUGUCUUUGACCUUUGUGUAUCUUCUUUCAUAUGUCCAUCUUUCAGGUGCGAAAAGGGCAAUCAUCCUAGCUACUUUGGUGCUGUUUAGUUUGUCACUUGCAAUUGUAUUAUCAGGUGUUGUUCCACCAUUUUCUGAAGACACUGCCAGAGCUGUGAAUGUUGUACAUGUUGUGGAUGCAACAGGAAGACUUGAUGAAAGGCAGAAUCCUGUAUCAUAUGUAUCUUUAUCUUCUACUACUCCUGGAAAUUUGAACAAGGAGGUAGAACAGAUUAAUGAAGGUUUUGUAUGUGGUAAAGACAAAACAGUUGAUUUUGUGUCUUUCUCGGUCAAAUAUGGUUGUUGGACCUAUAAGGACACUGUAAGUGGCUGGAGCAACACAGAUAUUCCUACAAUGCAUGUCGAAAGCGAUGCUAAAGGAAAUGGAAGAAUUACACAAGUUUCAAUCAAUACAAAGGGUUCUAUCCGUUGGGUUCUUGCAAUCAAUACAGAAGAAAUAGAAGAUUUCCAGUUUAAAGAUGCAAGGAACUCUGAAGAAUUAAUUUCAGUUGACAAAAAGAGUAGUGUGGAUGGUUGGCACAUGAUUCAGUUUUCUGGUGGAAAGAAUGCACCAACAUUGUUUGAUCUGACUCUUUACUGGAGGUCAGGUUCAACUCAUAACACUGAUAGUCCUCUUCUGAAACUUAGGACUGAUGUGAACAGAUUAACACCAAUAACUGAACGAGUUCUUAAGAAGCUUCCUCUUUGGUGUUCUUUGUUUGGCAAGUCUACCUCUCCUCAAACCUUGGCUUUCUUGACAAAUCUUCCUGUUAAUUUUUAGGUACUUUAACUGUAUCCUUGAUUUCUAGAUGGAGUUAUGACCAAAACUGUGACAUGUUUUUUUUGGAAAUAUUCCAAUCGGUUCAUCGCUUCGCAACUAAUCCGAUUCGGGGCAAGUUCAUGAUUAAGGCUUUAAACCCUUCCCAAAACUGUGACAUGUUAAACAAUCUUUUAGUAUAAGCAGUCAAUAUCAUAGGGGUUCUGAUUCUUUAAUACCAUUUUUGUCCUGCUUCUUGUAAAAUUCAAGUAUAUUUAAUUGUCGAUGAUCAUGUGUUUAACGCCUUUAAUUAUGGGAUGAAAUAGAAU